AUGCCGUCGAACGGUUUCACCCCCUCGGCAUGGAUCCCUGUGCCAAAUGUGGUGGGAUUCCUAAGCUGGAUGGUCGAGAUGCUCACUGCCAAGAUGUGGAACACUUGCGGCGCUGACCUCCAAUGCCGAAUGGAAUGCUUGCCCUCACUCCUCGCACCACCUCCGCCCCGAUUUCUCCCUGUACUCUCCGAGAUCGAGGACCAAGAAGCUUCAGCACGGUUUCACUACUGGGGUGCCAUCCUGUUGUUGUCGCCAGUUGUGAUGGCCUUCACUUGCGAAGCAAUGCGACUUUCCUUUCGCUUUGCCAAAGAGAUGUGUAUGUCGACACCCAAGAUCAGCUACAGAUCACUUGAAGAAAAUGAAGAGCAGGCGGAGGACUUGGAGAGUCCGAUGAUCGCAACAAAAACAGAUCAUCCAUUUAAAGGAUCGAGCAGUUGUUUCACAGUUGCACUCAUCUUCUACCACCUCAUUUGUGCUGGCAUAGUGGCUCUUGCCAUUUGGAGGGGUUGGCUUUCAAGUGAGGGUGGCGGAUUAGCAUGGGAACUUUGGGCGCUGUGGCAACAUCUGUGCUUGUGGAUGCUGUUCAUGCAAAACCUUGUUCGGUGUGCGACGCUUGAUAGCGAUGCCUUGGCAGCAUCGACUUGCACUUCCGUGCUUAUGUUCACAGCACCAUUAGUCAGUGAACUGGCAGAUACCAUGAAAGAUUGGGUAGUCACAGGGAUUUGCAUCCUCCAUGCCAAGACAUGGAUCGGCUUUGCCGUUGGAGCAGCGAUGGUCGGGCUCGAUGAGCUUCGCAUCAAGUGUUUGCACAGAAAGCGUGAGGUGAUUUCUCUUUCUUUCUUGCUGCUGUUCGCACUCUAUUCAGCAUUGCUUGCACUCCGGGUUCACCUUUGGGUAUUGAUUCCGGGAGCUGUUGUUUGGGCAUCGAUUGUGGCAAAAGAUACUUCAUGGCAAAUUUCAGGCUGUAUAUGUUGCAGCCUCCCAAUUUGCAUUGUGAUCAUUACGGACCAUUUGUCCCAAAUCGAUUCUCAUGCAGUCAGUUUUUCAGAAGAGGCCUUUUUAUGGCUGGCCGAUGGAGGUCUCUUGGCAGUGGUGUCGGCCCAUGUGUUGGUGUAUUCUUACAUUCAAGUCAACUCCGAUGAGGACUGUGCACGUGAUCUUCGGAAGACGUACAGGGCCAUUUUGGAGUUGCCGCUGCGACCGAUUAACCCCAAGUCAGAAACCCUAUGCCAGUGGUUGGGAAGACGGCUUAGUAAUAUAUGUGUGGACUUCCUGAGCAGAGCUCGCUUGCUGAUCGCGUGGGCCGAAGAUAUUCCACAAGGAGUCAUUGGCGUGGUGCUUGUGCUAAGAUAUGCAGGGUCGAAAGGCAUUGGCUUUGCGGGCAUCUCAGCCAUUAUCAGCAUUUCCAAAGGACUCUUGAUCCCAGGCUCACAAAGGUUCAUCUUGUCUCACCGCUCAGCUGCAGUGAUGACAGGCUUGGAGGGUCUCAUAGAGCCUGACGCAAUGGAAGGAUUGUUUGCAAGGCUUCUGAAGGAAGCGUCGCCCCUCAAUGCAGACAGAGUGGACACGGUUGUCAGAGAAAUUUUGAGUGCGCAGUCCAGUGACUUGUUGAAGCAGCUGAAUGUAGGGGAGUCUGAGAUGUUUCGGCCGAUCCAACAAUUGCGGGAGAAUUGGCUGGUGGACGCGUGUGAGGUGGUCAGAGGCCGCCUCGUCGCCCAGUAUUUGAAGCAAGGCAUCUCUGCAAAACGGCUGUUCGACCUUGGACACAUGGCUGGGAAUUGCAAAGUGGCUGGUUUCUCAGCCAAGCAGUGCAAGGAGAUUGCAAGCUUCUCAGUGGAGAAGUGUCGGGCAGCGGGUUUCUUUCCAAACGAUUGCCUACAAGCAGGCUUCUCCCCCAGUGACUGCAAAGAUGCUGACUUUUCCAUCCAUGAGUGCAAGGAAGCUGGCUUCUCAGCUAAACAAUGCAAGGAAGCUGGUUUCUCGGCCAAACAGUGCCGAGAAGCGGACUUUUCCGCCGAGGAGUUUCGGAACGCUGGCUUUUCAGCCGUCCAAUGCAAGCUUGUUGGCUUUGAAGCUGGUGCUUGCCAAAAGGCUGGCUACACUACACAGGAGUGGAGUCGCGAUGCCACAGCGCACGAUUAUCGAGAUGCAGGCUUCUCAGCCGCGGAGUGCAGGGAUGCACGAUUCUCAGCCAAGGAGUGCAAGCAGGCAGGUUUUUCUUUAAAAGAAAUCCUGGCUGCCAACUUCUCUCCGGAGCAAGCACGUGAUGCUGGAUUCUCAGCUGGCCAAUUCAAAGAUGCUGGGGUGUUGCAAACCUGCAGGGAUGCGCACUUCUCAGCCAAACAGUGCAAGGAGGCGGGCUUUUCUCUUCAAGACCUGCAAUCGGCAGGGUUCUCUGCAGUGGAGGCGUUCAGUGCUGGGUUCUCAGCUUCUGAAUUCAAAAAUGCUGGUGCCCCUCCCAACUUGAUGAGGGAACAUGGCUUCUCAGCAAAACAAUGCAAGGAGGCUGGAUAUUCGGCCCAGGAAUGCAAAGAAGCUGAGUAUUCUGUGGGAGAUUUAAAAGAUGCUGGUUUUUCAGCGGUUCAAUGUAAGAUUGCCGGGUUUGAGGCCAAGGCUUGCCAAGAGGCAGGCUUUUUGAUGGAAGAGUGGAAUCGCGAUCCCAGUGCAAAGGACUACAAAGAGGCAGGCCUCUCAGCCCAACAGUGCCAAAUUGCAGGCUUCUCGGCCAAAGAAUGCAAGGAGGGUGGGUUCUCUCUUCAAGAUCUUGUUGGCUUUUCCGACGAGGAUGUGGCCAAGGCUGGGUUCUCAGCUCAUGAAUUCAAAGAUGCUGGUGCGCCAGCAAAGUGGUUGAGGGAUCAUGGCUUCUCGGCAAAACAAUGCAAGGAGGCCGGAUAUUCGGCCCAGGAAUGCAAAAAUGCCGAGUAUCCUGUGAAGGAUUUAAAGGAUGCAGGCUUUUCAGCAAUUCAAUGCAAGAUUGCCGGGUUCGAGUCAACGGCUUGCCAAGAGGCAGGCUUCCCCAAGCAAGAGUGGAAUCGUGAUCCCACUGCACAGGAUUACAAAGAGGCCAACUUUUCGGCAGAAGCGUGCAGAACUGCAGGCUUCUCAGCCAAAGAGUGCAAGGAGGCCGGUUUUUUCGUUCAAAGAGGUCCGAGGGGCGGGCUUCUCCCCUGA